AUGGUGAUGGCCAAAUAUGAUAAGGAUCAGUAUGAGAUUCUCCUUCGACAAUUGGACUCCCUCAAGCAAUCGGCCUCGGUGUUGGAGUACCAAGCGGAGUUCGAGAAGCUAGCGCAUGGAGUGCUGCUCUACAAUCCUGCGUUCGACGACACCUUCUUCGUCACGCGAUUUGUGAGUGGCCUUCGUGAUGAAAUCAGAUCUGCUCUCUUGCUGCAUCGGCCAAAGGAUGUUGAUACAGCGAGUGCCCUGGUGUUAAUCCAAGAGCAAGAACUCGAGCAGGGGAAUGCCAAGUCAUCUGGGCGGGAUUUCACCAGAUUGACUGGGCCAAAGAACACGGCAGUGGAACCAAUUAAGCCAAUAAUCAAGACAACGAAAACUGAAGCUGAAGAUAAAUUGGCUAGCCUCGAGUCAUUCAGACACCGCAACGGUUUGUGCUUCAAAUGCGGUGAGAAAUGGAGCCCCGCUCAUACCUGCCCAGCUCAUGUAUCCUUACAUGUUUUAGAAGAAAUCUUGGAUGCAUUGGAUAUUGCUCAGUCUAAUGAUGAUGAGGACAGUGAUGGUGAUAGUGCUGAAACACCUCAAGAAGUACUGACAGUCCAGUCUGUUCCUGUUCCUCAGCAAAAGUCUAGACAAACCUUGAAACUGUUAGCUCAGAUUGGAAAGCAUAAGGGUCACUGUUUUGUUUCUGACGCCAAGGUGCUGCCCCUGAAAUGUUAUGACCUCAUCCUUGGAGAGGAUUGGCUUGAGGAUUACAGUCCAAUGCUGGUAGACUAUAAAUUGAAAACUCUUCAGUUCAGUGUUGAGGGUAAGACAGUUCACCUACACGGAGUCCGGGAUAACCCAAAUGUGUGUACACCUGACCAGACUGUAAAGCAACAUAACAUUCCAGCAAGUGUGGCUGAAGUUCUGUCCAAACAUGCUCAUCUAUUCUCUGAACCAGUUGGCCUGCCUCCAAGAAGUGCUGAUCAUAGAAUUCCUUUGAUCCCUGGGGCACAACCUGUGAAAAAACUGGUGGAAGGCUAUGAAGAUGAUGAACAAGCCAAGCGGCUCAUGACCGAACUGGCUAUUUCUGCUGACAGUCACCCUGGCUAUAAGCUACAGAAUGGUGUGCUCAGUGGCAUUGGAGGCCAUUCUGGAGUUAGUGCAACCUAUGCUCGAGUUAAGCAGCUCUUUGCCCGGCCAAGUAUGAAACAGUCAGUUCAGGAAUUUGUUAAGCAAUGUCAAAUUUGCCAACAAGCUAAGACUAAAAGAAUCAAGUCCUCAGGUCUUUUAAACCCACUGCCUGAACAAGCUUGGGAAAUCAUUAGCCUUGACUUUGUGGAAGGGCUGCCACAAUCUGAUAAUUACAAUGCCUUAUUAGUAGUGAUCGACAAGUUUACUAAAUAUGGGCAUUUCAUUCUAAUUAAGCAUCCAUUCACGGCUCUGCAAGUGGCUCAGAUUUUCAUGAACAACGUGACUAGUCAGAAACUAUCUUUUCGAUACUAUGGCCCCUUCAAGAUUCUGCAGAGGUUUGGCCAAGUUGCUUACAAGCUGGACUUACCUGACGAUGCUAAAAUACACCUGGUGGUGCAUGUGACCCAGUUGAAGCAACACAUCUUCCGUGUUCUCAGUCGUCAUUCGAUUCUGAGAGGAGCCACGGUGGUUCCACAGUUGCUGAUCCAUUGGAGUGAGCUGCCACCAGAGUUGGCUACUUGGGAAGAUGAGAACAAGAUACCAAAAGCUCUGCGGCUGGGCGAGUAG